AUGCCGAUGAAUGAGUUAUUGAGUUGUUUGCAUAACCGCUUAAUCAUUGUGAAAUACCAAGCAUUGAUAGCAUUGAGAUAUACAGGCAAGAUAAGAUUUGGCAAUGGCAGUGAAGUUGUGGGUGAUGGUGUGGUUUCAACACCAUUUGUAGCUGUGGGAGAUCAAUAUUAUGUGACACUAGAGGGAAUUAGUGUUGGAGACACAUAUGUGCCCUUUAACUCUUCAGGUAAGGUUUCUAAGGGCAACGUUUGUAUCGAUUCAAGAUCACCACCAUUGACUUUGCCACCAGAUUUUUAUAAUCGCUUAGAGGUGGAAGUGAAGAAGCAGAUUUCAAUUGAUCCCAUUAAAAAUGAAACUCUAACAGGGACAAGGCUUUGCUUUAGAACUGAAAUUACUAAUGAAAAUGGACCAAAAUUGACUGUCCAUUUUAAAGGUGCAGAUGUAGAGUUAAAGCCUAUACUAACUUUCAAUCGACCGGUUCAUGCAUAUGAUAUUUACUGCUUUGCAAUUACUAAUACUGCAUUGGCAUAUUUCGGUGACGAAGGAUUAUAUGGCAACUAUGUUCAAGCAAAUUUGUUGAUUGGGUUUGACUUGGAAACGAGGAUGGUCUCCUUCAAGCCGACUGAUUGCACUAAACUGUAG